AUGGACUAUCCAGUUUUAAUUAUUGGUGCUGGUCCCUCUGGGGCUACCACUGCGCUGUUGCUGGCUCGAAUGGGCGUCAAAUCGAUGUCAAUAUCCAAGCACAAAAAUACGGCCAACACACCACGCGCGCACAUAUUCAAUCAAAGAGCUAUGGAAGUUUUGAGAGAUGCUGGUCUAGAGAAGCAGCUGGAGAAUGUUGCUACGCCUGUGGACGACAUGCAGCAUACUUCAUGGCUGGACUCUUUGGCUGGUGAAGAGUACGGACGCCUCUGGGCGUGGGGUAACAAGCCUUCCUGCAAAGGAGCCUACGAGGUAGCAAGCCCUUGCUCUAUGUCUGACCUCCCUCAAACCUUCUUGGAGCCUGUCCUGGUCGAGUCUGCAACACGAGAAGGAGCCCAUUUCAGAUUUAAUACAGAGUUCGUGCGGUUCGAACAGGCAGCAGAUGGUGUCAAAACGACCUUGCGAGACAGAGCUAAUGGAGAAGAGUUCACUGUAACCUCGCGAUACCUAAUAGGAGCAGAUGGUGCGCGGAGCGCAGUACUACAGGCCUUGGAAAUUCCUGUCAUUGGUCGGCAGCUCAACACUGCGUUCAACAUUCAUAUCAUAGCCGAUCUCUCCAAGUACAUUAAGUAUCGUCCUGGUAGUCUCAACUGGAUACUCAAUCUCGGCGCUCCAGAAUGGUCCGCCGUGGGAAACUUCCGUAUGGUCAGACCGUGGAACGAAUGGGUGGUCUCUAUGCACCCUGCUACAAAGGAUCCGAACGACCUCAGUGAACCUAGCCAAGAGUCAAUUAUGAAGCGCUUACACCAGAUGAUAGGUGAUCAUUCGGUCGACAUCAAGAUACUAUCAUCAUUCUCGUGGACCAUCAACGAUCGAGUCGCCGAAAAAUGGCAAAGCGACCGCGUGUUAUGUAUCGGGGAUGCAACUCACCGCCAUCCUCCAAUAAAUGGGCUCGGGAGCAAUACUUGCAUAUCUGAUGCAUUCAACCUUGCGUGGAAGCUGGCUUAUGUCAUCAAAGGAUGGGCCUCACCUUCAUUGUUAGAUACUCUUACUACCGAGCGAAAGCCAGUGGGUGAUGCCAUCGUUCGUCGCGCAAAUGAUGGAAUGGAAGCACAUCGACGACUCUGGAAAAUCAUUGGCCUUGACGUUGACACUCGCAAAACAUUCUCAGAACUCUUGAAAGCCGACUCGAAAGAUGGCGCAGAAUUGCGCAUUCGUUACAGAGAGGCCCUAGAGGCAACCGAAGAUGAGGUGCAAGCUCUAGGGAUUCAAAUGAAUCAAACAUACCUGGACUCGAAUGCCGUAGUUGUAGAAGCCGACGACGAAGCACCAGAAUUCCCAACCCUUGCACCGCUCAGAGAUGUCAAAGUCAGCACGUACCCAGGAUACCAUCUGCCACAUGUUUGGUUGGUAGCCAACGGACAAUCACCAAGGGUAUCUACGUUGGAUCUCUGUGGCCAGGGACGCUUUACACUGCUCACAGGCAUUGGUGGUGAUGCUUGGAUCAGCGCGGCGGAGUCGGUCUCCCACUCAAUGGGUAUCCCCAUACGCGCUUACAAAAUUGGAUAUGGAGGUAACUUUCUCGAUUGCUAUAGGGAGUGGCACAAAGUGCGAGGCGUAGGAGAGGAUGGAGCGAUUUUGGUUCGACCUGAUCACUUUGUUGCCUGGCGCUGUCAGGCCCUAGCCGAAGCUCCUGCAAGGAAGCUUUCUUCGGUUCUUAAGCAGGUUCUUGGCCAGUAA